AUGCUCUUAGAUGCAGUCCAUCAUUCUAAAGGUAUCUACCCAUCUAUGCAGAUGCUGGUCUACUGUGACAUCGAAACUGAUGGCAGGGGCUGGAUCGUGUUCCAGAGACGACAAGACGGCAGCGUGGACUUCUACCAUAACUGGACGAGUUCACCUCGUCAUGGCUCAUUGAUUAUAAUGACCAUUCGCUCAGUACUCAAGCAAAAACGUCGUUGUGGUUUAUUUCAGGGCACCAGUUCUAGAAGCGGCAUCUACACCAUCUACCCAGGAUUCGGUGCUGACGGUCUUCGUGUCUACUGUGACAUGGAAACUGAUGGCGGGGGUUGGAUCGUGUUCCAGAGGCGACAAGAUGGCAGCGUGGACUUCUACCGUAACUGGACCGAGUACCAGUCUGGCUUUGGUGAUCUGUCCGGUGAGUUCUGGUUGGGCAAUGACAACUUGGCGAAACUGACAUCUGAUGAUUCGCAUGAAAUAUGGGAGCUACGAGUUGAUUUAGGGGACUGGGAGAACAACACGGCUUGGUCAAAACUAUAUCAAGUUGAACAGCAGCGAGAAUGA